GCUGCAAGCACGCUCUAUUCCAAUAAAUAAAAAAGUAUACAGAGAUAGAGAGAGGCUUCUUGUUUUACAAAUCGAUAAUAAUUGACGAGCACAUAACCUCUGUUGUAGGCUUCAAAAUGGUCACAAAAUCAGAGAUUGUAGCGAAGUUGAAUCUGAAGCCCCACCCAGAAGGUGGGUUUUAUACGGAAACAUUCAGGGACAGCUCUGUUAUUCUCUCCAAAUCCCAUCUUCCCCCUCAAUACAAGGUUGAUCGACCAGUCAGUACAAGCAUAUACUUCUUGUUACCUUCUGGAAGCAUUUCUCACCUUCACUGCAUCCCGUGUGCAGAAACAUGGCAUUUUUACUUGGGAGAACCUAUCACGGUGCUAGAAUUAAAUGAUAAGGAUGGGAGUGCUAAACUAACCUGUCUCGGACCCGAUAUUACAACAGAGAAUCAGUUAUUGCAGUAUGCGGUACCUCCAGGUGUUUGGUUUGGUGCAUUUCCAACCAAGGACGUUGACGUCUCUGCCGACGGGAAAAAUACAGUUACAAAAGCACCAAGGGAUUCCGAGAAGCACUUUUCUCUUGUAGGAUGCGUCUGUGCUCCUGCCUUCCAGUUUGAAGAUUUUGAGCUGGCUAAACGUUCUGAGCUCAUUUCGCAUUUUCCAGAGUACGAGUCUCUUAUUUCUUUGCUCACAUGUCCUGAGUGAACUCUUUACUGUGUGGUGUCAAAUGCUUUACUUUUAUGUGUACCCCCCCGACUUUCUUAAAUUUCCUGAAAUAAAGUUCACCUCCUUCUUGUUAUAACUUAUAAUGUUUCAUCAAAUGAUUUAAGCGCCCUGUGUGGUAUAGUA